GCGGCUGCGUGAGCUGCAGAAGCGUGUCUGGGAACAAAGACUCGGGUUUCCCCGGAGUUCCUUGCGUGGCUGCUCUGAGUCUGAAGCGAGGCGCAAGAGGACGACGUGGCGGGUGUUUGUGCACGCACACAGGCUCAUCGGACUCGUGGCGGCUGGCUGGACUCCUCGGCUAAUAAAGAGGCAGGUGAGCAUCCGCAGCAAGAGGCAGCCGCACAGCAUUCUGGGUGAGAGUUUGGAGAGGAAGAGUGAGUGGGAGUUCAGGAGAGAAAUUAUAGGUGAUGCCUGAUGUGGGAAAGGGAGCACAGACUAAAAUCUGGAGCACAAUUUAGGAAAAAUGGAUAACCUGCUUGUCAGCAUAGAGUCAGAAAAAUAGUGGAGAACGUAAGAGAAAGGAGAAGGUGCACUCCGCUUACCAAAACUACUGAACCAGAAUUUAAACAUCAGUGGGAAAUGCAAGCAGGUGAGAAAUUGUAUAAAUGUUUGAAAUGUGGAAAGAGCUUCAGCACGAGUGGAAAGCUAACUUCACACCGUAGAACCCACACAGGGAAGAAACCAUAUACAUGCUUGGAGUGUGGAAAGAACUUCAGCAAAAGAGGAAAUCUUACUUUACAUGACAAAAUCCACACUGGGGAGCGACCGCAUAAAUGCUUGGAGUGUGGAAAGAGCUACAGCCAGAGAGGACAUCUUCUUGAACACCAUAGAACCCACACUGGGGAGAAACCACAUAAAUGCUUGGAAUGCGGAAAGAGCUUCAGCCAGAGUGGAAAUCUUACUUCGCAUAGCAGAACCCACACAGGGGAGAAACCACAUAAAUGCUUUGAGUGUGGAAAGAGCUUCAGGACAAGUGUAUUUCUUACCUUACACCAUAGAAUCCAUACUGGGGAGAAACCACAUAAAUGCUUGGAGUGUGGAAAGAGCUUCAGCCAGAGUGGACAACUUACUAUACACUAUAGAACCCACACUGGGGAGAAACCACAUAAAUGCUUGGAGUGUGGAAAGAGCUUCAGCCAGAGUGGAGAUCUUACUAUACACCAUAGAAUCCACACUGGAGAGAAACCACAUCAAUGUUGUGAGUGCGGAAGGAGCUUCAGCACGAGUGGAGCUCUUACUGUACAUCACAGAACCCACACUGGCGAGAAACCGCAUACAUGCUUGGAGUGUGGAAAGAGCUUCAGCAUGAAAGGAAACCUUGAUAAACACCGCAAAAUCCACACUGGGGAGAAACCACAUAAAUGCUUGGAGUGUGGAAAGAGCUACAGUGAGAGAGGACAUCUUAUUGUACACCUUAGAACCCACACUGGAGAGAAACCCUAUAAAUGCUUUGAAUGUGGAAAGAGCUUCAGCACAAGUGGAGAUCUUAAUAAACACCAUAGAACCCACACUGGGGAGAAACCAUAUAAGUGCUUUGAGUGUGGAAAGAGCUUCAGGCAGUGUGGAGACUUUAAUAUACACCUUAGAAGCCACACUGGGGAAAAACCACAUAAAUGCUUGAAGUGUGGAAAGAGCUUCAGCUCAAGUGGAAAACUUACUUUACACCUUAAAAUCCACAGUGGGGAGAAGCCACAUAAAUGCUUGGAGUGCGGAAAGAGCUUCAGGAACAGGGGAUCUCUUACUCAACACUAUAGAACUCACACUAGAAGAAAGAAGGCACGGCUUACUUUACAGGAACAAAUUCAAACAGGGUAGAAAUCAUACACAUUGAACUGUAAACAAAUCUGUAAACCCUUGUAAGAUUUCUGCUUCUGAUCUGUCUUGUUUUCCUCUGUCGAAAUUCGUAGUUUUGUGUCUCUGUUAUGAAUUCAUGUGCAGAAUUCAAGCAAACGGAUUAAUGGAUUUUACUUUUUCACAGCAUGUGCUUUCUUUUGGUUGCCUCUGAAUACAUUUAUGUGUCAA